CUAAAAAGACAAAAGUCUCGGAUGCCAGUCGUAAAUUGGCAGAAAUAGAAAAGCAGACUGCAAAAUUUUAAGGCAAGGCUUAUCGAGAAAAUGAUGGCCGAGGAUGAGGAGGACCCCCAGGGCGCAGGGUCACGUGAGGGACGCAGGACCGGUCAGGACGAGGCCAUGUAUGAGGGGAAGGACAAUAGCCACAAAGGAACGCCUAGCAAGAAGGGGAAGGACAAGAACGACCCCCCGACGGAGGGGACGGAAAACGCUAUGACCCCGCCUGCCAUCGACAGCGGCACUAGCCGACUGCCCGCCACGCCGAAAGUAACAGGGGCGUGCGACGGACUCUGGAGCCUUAGGGAAAGGGUGCUAGGAUGGUUUGAUCCAAAAGGAACGCUGAAAACCAGGGAUAAGCAGAGGGAAAGCAAGGAAGGGGAAGGGACCAGUGCAGCUGGAGAAGCGGGUAGCUCCGAAGGUGGUCUCAAGAGGAUAGUCACCACCCUCACGUUCGAUGGGGCAAACAUUACGGAGUUUCUGAUAGACUAUGAGAACCUAACAGCCUUACUAAAAUGGACGGAAGAGGAAAAGAUGGAGCACCUAGGGCAGCACGUGUCGCUGAGCUUGGGAAGGGACAUUAUGGCCAUCGUCGCGUCCAGUGGAUCCUGGAAAGAAACCGGAUCCUGGAAAGAAACCAGGAACGAGAUGAUGAGGAAAUACCUGAAGCUAGAGAAAAUGGCAACAGAGGCCGAAUUAGCCGCAAUCCAGAGAAAAAACUAUGCGACUUACAACGAUUUCCUAAGGCCAUUUACGUUAGUGGCGCUGCGAAUUCCCGGGGUAACGGACCGCAUAAUGAGUAAAUAUUUCCUCAGGCAGUUCUCCGAGUUUGAUAAGGAUAAAAUUCUAUCAGCAUACCAGCAGACCAGCAAGUUUGAAUACACAAGGGAUGUGGAUUUCAGUACCGUAACAGAUCUUGCAGAGAAAACAGUGGUAACGGAGACCCUGGCCCUGCUUAAGGAAGGGGAGAUUAUAGACCUGACUGGGAAAAGGGUGUAGGGGCCGUACCCUUAAGGACUUUCGAGCCUUGGUCGACCCCACUGCGGGUCCCACUUGGCUCGACCCGC